ACUGAAUAGUGUCCUGGAUUUCUUAUACUGUAUAAGGUUAUGAUAUAACAUAAAUUUUAUUACAUGAAUAUGCUUCUCGUUUUCAAGUUAUUCGACUCCUAAAAUUGCGUACGGAAUUCUUGAUUCAUUCAGUAUGAAUUUGUUCACAGAGAAGGGAAUCAGUUAUUGAAAUAUGUAUUGAAAGAGGAAUAAAUAAAUACAUGUUAUAACCAGCAGAAUACUCGACAGAAGAAUGAGAUGUAAUACUAUAUAUGAGACAGUUGAGCGGAAGAUUGGGAGCGUCUUUGCGAAAUAUGGCCGUUUUGUUUCCCAUCAUGCCUGGAAAAUUAUCGUUGCCACGAUCAUUAUCAAUGGAGCGCUUGGUAUUGGAAUGAUGAAACUUCAAUCUAACACAGACGCUGGUGACGUGUAUCUGCCGCAAGGAACUCAAGCACGCAAGGACAAAGAUAGAGUGGAGAGUAUUUUCCCAGAUCUCAGUGGCUCAAACUAUAAUUCCUUGCACGUGACUGUACCCAGACAAUAUUUUGCGGGGAUAAUUGUGAAAUCGAAAACUAGUAACCUUCUGAACAGACCAGUAUUGGAGGAAAUAAAAGCAUUGUCGGAACUUAUUCAAAAUAUCGUGACCACGGAUAGUGAUGGUUCAACAAUAAAUUUUUCAGAUGUUUGCGCCAUUAGUAAUUCACAAUGUUCGUUAGGCGGAGAACUAUUUUGGGACCCGGACUUUCUCACGGCCGUGGACAAUAACGUUGUCACGUACCCAGAAUUCAACUCAACAACAAAGGGAACGCAGAAUUAUGCUCGUGAUGUAGGAGGAAGUUUAAGUUUUGACGGCACAGGUCAGUACCUUACGAAAGUAAUCUACCUAACGAUUGUGUUCAACAUACGCACGGAUGGUGACCAGUAUAAGAAGAAGGGGGAUAAAUGGGUGGAUGCAUUCAGAGUGAGACUAGAAUCGUUCUCCAGCAGUAAUAUAGACAUAGCAUAUGGUCACCAUAAUUCAUUAGAUGAGGAACUUGACAAGAAUGUAUCCGGGGACAUAGCUUUAUUUGCUGCUACCAUUUCUUUGAUGAUCACAUACGCAUGUGUAGCAUGCCUUUCAGCCAGAUUUACAGAUCAGGUUGGUCAGAGAAUGUGGCUAGGAUUUGCUGGAAUCCUUGCAGCUGGAUUUGCUAUUGUCUCCAGUUUUGGAUUAUGUGCAGCGAUCGGGGUUGAGUUUGUCAGCAUUGUUGGUGUUGUGCCAUUUCUCGUCAUAGGUAUUGGUAUUGACGACAUGUUUAUCCUAUUGUCGGGAUUGUCAGAGGCACAAAACCAAAAGACCGUCGAAGACAAAAUAGCGGAAACAUUACGUAUUUCCGGUGUAGGAAUAACGAUUACCUCCCUUACGGAUCUGAUUGCUUUUAUGUCUGGUGCAGCAUCAAGUUUUAUUGCUGUAAAGCAUUUCUGUAUCUAUACAGGUGUUGCUGUUUUGUUUUGCUAUAUCAACAAUAUUACAUUUUUCACUGCUUGCCUUGUUAUCAAUGAACGCCGAGUUGAAGACAAUCGUCACUUUAUGACGUGCAGAAGAAUCAAAACAAAAGAAGAUUUGUUACAGGAAGGUAAAUCAAAAAAGUAUAUCUUCUGUUGUGGAGGGCAAGCUCCUAAAGGCAGAGACGAAGCUGAAAGUUUAGUAGACAAAUUUCCGCGGUGGCUCGUUCCAAAGAUUGUGCUGAAGCUUCCUCUAAAGAUCAUCAUUAUAUUUCUGUUUAUGGGGUACCUUGCAGCUGCUAUUUACGGAUGUAUAAAUCUUAAACAGGGACUACUUUUUACGCAGUUGGUAAACGACGAUUCAUAUUUUUGGAAAUAUUCCGACUGGAAGGAAACGCAUUUCAAAAGACAGACGGCCGUUUCGUUCGUUAUCCCCAGCACAUAUGAAUACUCUGCCGCUGCGACACAAACAAUGGUGUCAGACUUGAUUUCUAGUGCACAAUCUCAUAAGUAUUUUGACAAUUCAUGGGAAGUAAACUGGUUGAAAACUUACAGUACUUCUAGUCACUAUGAUGGAUCGUCAGAAUCUGCAUUUAUUACUGGCUUAACAAAUUUUAUAUCUGACCAAAACUACCGCAUGUUUGAAAAUGAUGUCAAAAUUGAUACAAUCAAUCAAAAGAUAACAGCGUCACGCGUCUACGUUCUUUCGGUCGAUCUUGCAAAUAGCCAAGCAGAAGGUAAAAUGAUGUUAGAAUCACGAAAAAUAGCAAGCGCAGCAGCUAUUGACUGUUUUUCAUUUGCUCCAGCUUUUAUAGCUUUUGAACAAUAUGUGCUUAUAUUACCACAAACGCUUCAAUCUGUUGGCAUUGCACUGGCCGCUGUGUUUGUCGUAACAUGCAUAUUUAUGCCCCAUCCAAUACUGAUCACUUUUGUGACCGUCGCUGUAACGAUGAUUAUGAUUGGUGUAUUUGGCUAUAUUCUAUACUUAGACGUGGCUCUUAGUGCCAUAACGAUGAUUCACUUAAUAAUGAGUAUAGGCUUUUCCGUCGACUUUACUGCCCAUAUUUGCCACGGUUAUAUGAUUUCUACUGGACAGACCAGAGAUAUGAGAGUGAAACAGGCUAUAGACAAAACAGGGGCGCCGAUUUUUCACGGGGCUGUAUCAUCUCUUCUUGGUAUCUUAAUUUUAGUUGGAGCCAAGUCCUAUAUAUUUAGAACAUUUGCUGCGGUAAUGGCUUUCGUUCUGUUAUUUGGUAUUGCACAUGCGCUACUGUUACUUCCUGUUGUUUUAUCGUGGAUGGGACCAAGCAGGGUUAUUUCUGUCCAAGAUAACCAAUGUCCUGAAGAUGAAAGUGAUAUCAAGACAAAGUCGAAUGAAAUGAAUGGAAAGCAAAAAGAAGAGUUAUGUUUGAAUGGCAAUGUUAAUGAAAGUUUUACAAAUUUGGGUUGUGAAGACGGUAAUAAGAAAAAACAAAAUGUGUGAACGUAUAGAGGUCACGAUUUCUAUCAAAUGUUAUGAAUAACUCUUAAGAGCGAGACAGUUUCUUGGAUAUGAAGUAUCGACCAAAUGAUGAGCAUUCCUGAUAGUAAUAUGAUUAUGAAUAAAAACAUUCAACAUAUGUAUAUUUCUUUGCCGAAAAUUGCGAUAUGUGAUAAUUUCCGAGCAUAUUGACCUAGAGGAUAAACUGGGUAUUAAUUUAAGCUUAUUUUAAACAUAUAACUUAUUAAUAUUUUUAUUCAAUAUCAUACAUGUUAUAUUACUUUUCUCAUAUCUAACAUGUCUAAUGUUUUAUGCGUUUGUUUUAUUAUGCUUGUAAAUAUAAUGAAACAUUUAGAUAUUACAAUGUAUAUACAAUUUGCAUGAGAUUAUGUUUUAAAUCCAUAUACGAUAUUAUGUAUACCGUGUUUAACUUUACUUUAAUUUUUGUGCCAUUUUUUAACAACUUGUGAGUGAUUUAUUAUAAUAAUAUUUCA